CGGAGAGAGCAUGAUCGAUCACACUGUGCGGUGCGUGCAAGCUGCUGGUCAGAGUUCAAAAGGUCUCUCUGCCUUCCUUUACCUUUGCUCGAGUCUUCCGCACUUCACUGGCAACAGGAAACUACUUGUUUCAACCGGAGGACGUCCUCUGCCAGGGACUUUUCAAAAGUACGUCCUGAAAGACUCAGCGGCUUGUUAACUGGGGCAGAGCCUCUGGUUUUGUGCCUGCUACAUCCGUUCCGUGAACGCAGUUCUGGGAAAGGUAAUCUGGAUCCCAGAGACAGGAUUCCAUAAGAGGAAGCUGGAAAGGCCGGCAAGCUUCAGUGCCGAGAAGCAAACUUGUUGGAGAGGAACUAUCUGGAACUGAGUGCAAUCAGCUGGCUGUCUCAAGGGGGAAAACAAGAAACCACAGCUCAAGAGUGACCUUUGGUUUUUUUGCUGUUGUUACUUUCACUUUGGAGCUUGAUAUUUCGGAUUGUUAGCCUGUGGCUGCUUUGACAGGUCCCAGGGAUUCAAGAACAGGCCUUGCAAGUUCUGUUUCCUUUGGCCGGAGACCCAGAGGGGGAACGGCAACAGCCACAGUGGGAAGAAUUCAGAAUGCAAUGUGCUCAGGUGCCGCAGAUAUGGACUCCAGGUACCGAAUCCAUAGGUAUCAGAGGAAGGUAAACACACCAGGGUGUAGAUAGCUACAGGGCAUCGACCUUCACAUGCCCGGUGACUGGAUGGAUUUGGGCUCUUCCUCAAAACAUGUUUCUUGGGAUCAUGCAUUUGAGUCUUCCCAUUUUCCUUGCAACACAGCUGCUUCUCUACCGGGAAGCAUUUUCCUGUGAUGAUGUUACGGACUACGAGAUCAGUGGCGAAUGCUGUCCAAAGUGUCGUGCAGGUUCCAGAGUCGAUAGACAUUGCACGGCUACUUCUGGUACAAUCUGCCUUGCUUGUGCAGAGGGAACAUACAUGGACCUCCCAAAUGGAUUGCUACAGUGCUUUGUAUGUGACGCAUGCGAAUCAGGAAUCCAUCUGAGAGUAAAACAAAAAUGCACUGCUACCAAGAACACAGUAUGUUCCUGCGAGGCAAAUUAUUUCUGCAGCCAGUUCAUUGGCAAGGAUUGUGAAAGGUGCUCCAGACACGCCAUUUCUCCGCCUGGCUUUAUGGUGACACAGGCUGGCACCGAAACCAACGACACCAAGUUCAAACCCUGCCCUGCUGGAACUUUUUCGGCAACCGAGAUGUCCACAUCCUGUGAACCUUGGACUAAUUGCACCAAGGCAGGGAUGAAAGAGAAACAAGCUGGCACACCGACAUCUGAUGCACAGUGUGUGUGUCUCCACGACAACCACAUCCCAACACCGGUAUUUAUAGCUACCGUUACAUCUCUUGUGCUGCUGUUUGGCGUUGCAAGUGGCAUCAUAAUAUGGCGAUGCAGGAAGCACAUCAAAAAAGGGGCUGUCAGAAGACAGAGGGAAGAACUAAAUGGAGAUUAUCCCCCUGUGCAAGAGAACUACAACAAGAUGGUGGCUCCUAUGCAGGAAACUGCUCAACAUCCCGGAGAAUCAACUUAUGUCUUUGCUUGAGUUACCAGAAUUUUUGGUUGGAAAAGCACUGGCAUGGCUUAUAGAGACAGCCACAGAUUUAUGUCCUGGUUGCAUUUUUAGGUGGCGGGGGAACACAUGAGUAGAUAUCAUAUACAGCAGAAUACUACUGCUUUCCUUUUCGGACUUCUCAGCAUGCAUCUUGUAGGCGCCUGGCUAAAUGAAAGAAGUGGAAGAUACAAGAAUACAUAUAGAAAUAAAGGCAAAGGCAAGAUGGAAGAACAUCUCUAGGGGAAAAGGAUAAGGCCACUUGUUAAACUGUGGAGUUCCCUCCCACAAAAUAUGGUGACCCCCGCCAACUUGGAUGAUGUUAAAAGAGAAUUAGACCUGUUCAUGGAGAAGCCAGCCAGGAUGUUCUACCUCCACUGUUGGAGGGUGCAUGCCUUCUAAUACCAGAUGUUGGGAAUACCAGGUAGGGAGAUUGUUGAAGUACUACUCGAGGGCUUCCUGUAGGCAUCUGGCUGAGCCUUCUGCGAGAACUGAAGACAGGACUUAGAGGCCUUUGGUUUGAUCCAGCAGGACUCUUCUGAAGUUGUGAAGGAAGGUAGAGUGUUUCUGACAUAGGAGCUUCACUACAAAAAUAAAAGCGACGCAUCCCCCAGGGCCUGAAAUGAAGCUGGCUUUAGGGGAAGAUUUUGCUCUCUGUCCCCCUAAAUAUGGCAAACCGUGCCUGAGAACAGCCCUUUUUUCUUGUGGGGUUCUGACAAUAAAAUAUGUUCAAGGGAGUGUGGGGGUGGAAGGAGAUGUUGACUUCUCGUCUCUGGAAGCUUUCACAGGGAAAUACUGUUGGCGUCCCCCAGUUUUUCUCUGAUAUUGGUUUGUACCAAAGCACUACAUAAUGUAUACCCACUGAAAUGAAUAGAUAAGUCAUGUCUGUUAAUGUCAGUGGGUCUACCAUGAGCAGGACUAGCGCAGAGGAGAACCCAACAUGUCUGAUGGGGUGAGGGAAUCCUCAGAUUUACUCCAAGCUUUCCUUUAGAAGGGGGAAUUCACUGAUAACUCUGAGUAUGAAAAACCAGCCUGUAUGUAGCAUUACAUAAGAGCAUAGGAAGCCACCCGGAUUCCGUUAAUCACCUCAAAAGAGAUACCCGUAACUGUGAUUAACAAAACAGAGGUUUUUAAUCAUUCUACCAAAACAUUUCGGCAUCCGCCUUCUUCACCAGCUGCUAACAUACAAAUGACAAGGUGGCAGUUGUAGAGCUUUGAGGAUGCAAUGCUGAGAGAAGCUUCAUUUGCAAAGGCUAAGGAAGGUUUGUGCUGUCCUCCAGGUUCAGGCCAUGUGGUGCCAAUGUGCCCAGAGACUAUAUCCAAAAGUUCUCCCUCUUACUCAGUGCUGCUGGAUCUGUUAGCAUCUACAUCACUGUUAAAGAAAAGUCCAACAGGCUGGGGCCCUUGGUGCUGAAAUGUUUUGCAACUGGUUGCUCCACUUUUUUUGUCAAGAUUGCCGAUUUGUGGUUUCUGAAGCAUGUGCGUAGGCCAGUUGUGGUCUUUCCUACGUAUUGGAUAUGACAUCCUGGUCUUUUGCAUUCGAUGACAUAAAUUAUAUUGCAGGACCUGCAGGCGAUGUUCUGUUUGAUGUAA